UAUUUUAUAUUGUGUUCCUUUUAUACAUUACGGCUGUCAUUACUUAUUAGCGUUAUGUUAAGAGUAAAAAAAAACACUUAAUGUUAUAUGAGUGCACUUAAAAUGCAUUCUCACCAAUAUAAAAGUUAUUUUCGUGCUGUGAUGUCAAUAUUUAACGAUAUGGUUUAACGAUAUAGUUUCCUAGUCACAUUUUUAGUUGUAAAUAACCUUAUCUUUAUUAAAUAUUUUCUCGUAAUAUGGCCAAAACUAAAACAAUCAGUAAAGGCUGCCCUAAAUGUGAACAGCAGGUACCUGUAGCCUGCAAAGCAUGUCCAUGCGGACAUUCAUUUUUUAAUGCAAGACGAAAUUCAAUAAAAAGCCCCCCUAGUCCUGACAAUGGAGUGAUGAAAACAAGACGAACCAAUCGAAUCAAACGUGAAAAACCAAAUUAUUAUGAUGCUUUAGAAUACGAUAAACAAUCAAAAAAGAGUACCAAAAUCAGAAAAGCAACAGAUGCUGCUAAUGAUAUAGACUGUAGACAGUUAAAUAAGAAGAAAAAACGAAAAGGAAAAGGUAAAGGGAAAAGUGGAAGUAAUAAUGGAAUAGGAGAUGAUGAUGAUGAAAUGGAAGGAAUCAAUGGUUUAUCACCUGAGAAACAACUCACGUGUUCUUUAAUUUUACAAGAAUUAAAUAACAAAAUGAGAGUUGUAGCCUGGAAGCCAACAUAAGUUUACUCUAUUGUCAUAUCUCAGACUAUAAAAAAUACUAGCGUUCAUUUUUAAUAGAACAUAAUCAUUUUACAUAACUAUUGGACUGUGUUUGAAAUGCUAUCUAUUCAUUGCAUUGGGGAAAAUUAAAAUAGUAUUAUAUAACGUUAUACAUGAAUUAAUAGCAUUAAUUUAUACAAAUUAUCUGUAAUUUUUGUUAAUAGAUAAAAUUUAUAUAUAUGAUACUAUAGUAGACUAAUUUUCAUUGAGAAUUAUAUAUAAUUCGCAAUAAAGAAUUUAUACUUUAUUUUUUAUGAUAAUUUUGAGACUUAUAACUUUUUUGAGAAUUAAUUUAUACUAUAUUAUCUUCCAAAGUAGAAAAAUUAAGACUACGUAAGUGAAAAGAAUACAAUUUUUAUUAAAGAUCAUGGUGUUUAAUUACAUCUGUUUGUAAAAAUAUGUAUUUCCUACUAAGAUUGUUUCUUUCAUCGCAGGACCUGCCGCAAUUCUUCAUUUUCUACAAACAAUCAUAAUGUAACAUGUAAAUAUAAUGUACAUAGUGUUUGUGUGUAAUAUAUAAGGCAAAUUACAACUGUAAA